UACAGCUGUACCUUGCCAGAAAACAAGAACUCUAUAAUGUACAUGUUUCUCUCUUUUACAGAGCUCAGUGGAGGCAAAAGUCAGCUGAUUUUUCCUAUAAAAAAACUGAAUCUCAAAGAUAAAGAAGAUGCAGUACACUAUAUGAAUGAACACACUGAAGAUGUGUGUAAGAAUUUGAGUCAUUGGGUCAGUUCAUGGCCUUUCGAUGUUUUGGAGAGCAUUCAAGAAUGCAUGGUUCAGUGGAUCUGGGGCAGGAAUAUGACUUUCUCCAAAACAUGAACGAUGAAGCCUUGCCUUCUACUCUUCUGGAAAGUGAGAUGAGAGACUAUGAAGAUGCCGGGCUGUUGCUGAACUCACCCUACUUCCCAGUGUUGAGAAAAGAAAGAAACACUGAUCUCAUCAUUUCCCUGGAUUUCAGUGAAGGCGAUCCUUUUAUGACAGUGAGAGAAGCUGCUGAGAUGUGCAAGAAACGAAAGAUCCCUUUCCCUGAAGUCAACAUUUCCCAGUGAAGACGUGAGGAGAAACCGAAGGACUUCUAUGUGUUCAAAGGCACAAACACUCCAACCGUGAUUCACAUCCCUCUGUUUAAUGUGGUCAACUGUGG